AUGCCUCGAGUCGCAAACCCCCCGGUGAAGAGCCGUCAUGGCCGCCGCAGCUCAAAGCCGGCGAGCAACACUACGCCGCACAAGGGCACUCCUCGAAAAAUGCCUCUUAAUGACGAUGCCGGAGAAAAGGUUGCGCGAUUACACUCUCGCCAGGCGCAAUACGACCUCCAGAUGGACCAGAUUAAAGCUGCGGUUAAAACACCGAUGCCAUCACGCAGAUUUAAUACUUACGACGGAGAGUGGAUGAAAAUGGCAACGGAUAAUAAGAUCAAUGCGGCCAACUCAUGGAAUUUUGCUCUCAUUGACUAUUUCCAUGACAUGUCACUGCUGAAGGAAGGUGACGGUGUGAAUUUCCAAAAAGCAAGCUGCACAUUAGACGGCUGUGUUAAGAUUUACACGAGCAGAGUAGACAGUGUUGCAACAGAGACAGGGAAGCUUCUCAGUGGAUUGGCGGAUAGCGGGAACAAAAAGAAACAGGGCGAGAGGGAAGAUGGAGCUGAGAAUGAGGAUGAUGACGAUGAGGAAGAAGGCGAAGAAGGCGAAGAUGGGACCAGGAGGAAGACCCGGAAAAAGGCCCGAUCUCAUGAAUCCACACUUGCACCAUCCUUUGCCUCUCUACAACUGAAGAAGUUUGAACUGGAAUUCUCCGUGGACCCCCUAUUUAAAAAGGCUUCUGCGGACUUUGAUGAAGGUGGUGCCAAGGGUCUCCUUUUGAACCAUCUGUCGAUUGACGGCCAGGGAAGAAUAGUCUUCGACAGUAGCGACGAUGCCAAUGCCACUGCUGAUUCAGAAGCCCAGAAUAAAGGCAAUGAAGACUCCCAGGCUGAUGGACAGGAGGAUGCCGAGAGAUUCUUCCCAAACCUUGACGUAUUAUCCGACCACGAUAUCUGCCCCUCGCUGAAGGAUUUCGAUUUAGGUGACCCAAGCGGGUCUCUUGAAAUACCAUUCUUACGCGCUCCUGAGGACUGGAGACAGGAUAAACAGCAGUCAGAACAGCCAGGUCUUGGUGACGCUUCCGGUAUUGUAUUGGACGAUGACAUCGCCAUUGGAUUUGAUGAUGACGAUGAUGCCACAAUUACCGGAUUCGAUCUUGGAGGCGAGGCCGAAUUCGGACAAGGUGGUGAGGCAUGGGCGCGAGAUGCUGCUUUAGAACCAAUGCUGAAGGUGCAUCGUAUCAGCAAUAUAGGAGUUGGUGGUGAUAAUAACGAUACAACGGUUGACUUUGACAACACUGAAACUGACCCCUUUGCCCUAUCCCUUUCACAUGGAAAUGGAAUGCACGACCACGACAAUAUCCUGAGUUAUUUUGAUAACGCCCUACGCAAAGACUGGGCUGGUCCUGAGCACUGGAAGAUUCGACGAAUGAAAGAUGUCACCUCUGCUGCAGGAGCUGCUGCCCCCAGACAGCGCAAAGAAAAGGAACCUUUUGAAAUAAAUUUUGCUGCCGACCUCGAACCUGCCGUUGCAGAAUUGAUAUAUGCCACUUCAAGCUCUAACUCCGCUAUUUCGCUACCAAAAUCACAGUGGAAAACCAAGGGACGAAAUUUGUUGCCGGAUGAUAAACACUUCAACUCCAAGGAGCUUCUUCGCCUUUUCUUAAAGCCCAAAGCUAAGAUGGGCUUGCGUGGGUUGAAGAGUAGCAAUCGUACCCGGCAACACGAUGCAUCUGGCCCUAACAACGGUGAAAUGGACGAAGCAUUUUGGGCAUCACAGAAACAAAACAUGGACCAGGCAGCGAAUGAUGAGAAUGCUGCUCAAGGAACAUACGAUGCUAACUUCUUUGCUGAUGAUGACGGCCUUGCCUUUCCACACGGUUUGCCAAUGGGUGAUGAUGACGAUGAAGAUAACAUACCCUUUGCAGAUGCUCGGGAAGCAUUCUCUCCUCCGUUGGACUCAGAUGCACAACCUUCAACAGCGGCUGGUGGUAUGACUGGUCUUAAUGCGUUAUUGAACAGCGUUGCUACUCCUGGAGGUGCUCUGCUAGGAGGAUAUGGCUCCCAGCUCGUCACACAAGGUGGCCGAAGAGUCCGUCCAGAAUACGUCAAUUAUGCUCGUGUAGCGAAGAAGGUAGAUGUACGCCGUCUGAAAGAAGUGAUGUGGACUGGAAUGGGUGAGCGUCUAGUCGCUUCAAUGUCUUUCAACUCAGCAUCUCCAUCUGCAGCAGUCACAUCAACAACUGCUGCUGCCAAUCCAACGGUAGAACCAACGGCAGAGGACACUACGCCAAACGAUGAAUCAGAAGAUCUCAAGAACAGUCUUCGUUUCACCGAUGUCAUGAACGGCCUCAAGCAAUCAUACCCUGAACAAGCAAUGCGGGAUAUCAGCACCUCAUAUGGUUUCAUUUGUCUUCUUCAUUUAGCUAACGAGCAGGGUCUUGUGCUGAAGAAUAAAGGCAGUAUGAAUGAUGAUUGGGAGGGUAGGCUUGAAGAGAUAUACGUGACGAAGGACGUUGGUGCUGUUAUAGAAGGCGAUGCAUAG